CGGCAGCGGUACUCCUCGGAGACUCUCCACCUCUGCUCAUCACCUGCAGGUCAGCUCCAGCUCCAGCUCCAGCUCUCACCAUGUCUGUCCAACUCAGCCGCCAAAACAGCAGCUUCAGCUCCCGCAGCAUCAGCAGCUCCCGCAGCAUCUCCAGCGCCAGCGCUAUCGGCAUGAGCGGAGGGUUGCAGCUGGUGGGCUCCGGCCAGACCCGCAUCUCCACCGGGGCCUUCCAGACCCGUGCGCCCAGCGUGUACGGGGGCGCGGGGGGCUUCGGGACGCGCAUCUCUCAGGGCCAGUCUUUCUUCUCUGCCGGGUCACUGACCCCGUACGGCGAUAGUGGAGUGAUCGGCAACGAGAAGGGGACCAUGCAGAACCUCAACGACCGCCUGGCCACCUACCUGGAGAAGGUGCGCUCCCUGGAGGCAGCCAACAGGAAGCUGGAGCAGCAGAUCAGAGAGUUCUUUGAGAAGAGAUCUCCUACUGUUUCCAGAGACUUCGCUGUCUACUUCGCCACCAUCAGUGAUCUCCAAGCUCAGAUCCUCAUGAAACGUUCAGAGAAUCAAAGAGUCAUUCUGCAGAUUGACAAUGCUCAGCUGGCUGCAGAGGACUUUAAAAUUAAAUAUGAGACGGAGCUGAACAUGCGUACGAAUGUGGAGGCUGAUGUGUUUCGUCUCCGAGGGGUCCGGGACAGCAUGACUCUCAGCAUUGCUGACCUGGAGGCGCAGAUAGAAGGUCUGAAAGAUGAACUGGUGUACAUGAAGAAGAACCACAAGGAGGAGAUGCAUCUGCUGAGGGUCCAGCAGAGUGGCACAGUUAAUGUAGAGGUGGACAGCGCAGAGUCUGUUGAUCUGACAAAGGUCCUGGAGGAAAUGAGGCAACAGUAUGAGGCUGUGGUGGACAAGAACAAGCUGGAGCUCGAGAGAUGGUUUAAAUCUAAGGUGGAAAUUCUCCAGACGCAAAUCCUUACAUGUUCAACUGAAGUGAAGACGUAUUACACAGAGCUGUCGGAGCUGAAGAGGACUUACCAGAGUUUGGAGAUAAGUCGCCAAAGCGUCCACACAGAGAUUCAGUGCCUACAGCAGAAUGUGGAAGAAGUCAAGAGUCGAUACAGCGUCCAGCUCAGCCAGCUGCAGAUUAACAUCAACUCGCUGGAGUUAGAGCUGCAGCAGCUGAGAGUCUCCAUCGAGCAGCAGCAAGCCGAGUACAAAGUACUGCUGGACAUCAAGAUGAGGCUAGAACUGGAGAUUGCAGAGUACAGGAGGCUGCUGGAUGGAGAGCUGCGUGAGAGGGGAUACGAACAAGCAAAGGCUGUGAUCAUCAGCAAGGUUGUGGAAGUGGAAGAGCAUAAACCCCACAUCGAGAGGAGGGUGAAGACCAUUGUGGAGGAGAUUGUUGAUGGAAAGGUGGUGUCCUCCAGUGUUGACACCCAAGUACAGGACAUUCAGUAACACUUAUGCUGCCACUAAAAUAAAGUUUUACUUUGAUUUGACCCCUAAAUUGACCUGUAUAAUUCCUACUUAAAGCUGCAGUAGUUAACUCUAAUAGAAAUAACUUUUUAUCAUAUUUGCUGAAACUUUCACUAUAUCCUGACAGCAGUACACAAGACAGAUUCCUCUGGCUCCUCUCAAUGCUCCUAAUGGCAUUUGCAAGAAUCUUCCGGGCCUGAACAAAAACAACAAACAGAGCCAAAAAAGAUACUUGAUUGUUGAGUCUUAUUCCCAGGUUAUCGAAUACUGAAGCUGGGAAUGAGACUCAACAAUCAACCAUGUUGUUUUUAUCUGCCGCAUGUACCACUGUCUGGCUAUAGUGACAGUUUCAGCAAAUAUGAAUGUGUUACCUACUGCAGAUUUAAUGAUCAGCUGUUAACGUCAACCAGAUACAUGACAAAUCACUUUAAUGUUUGCUUUUUAGGGGAAACCUUGGCCUUGUCUUUUUCUUUUGAUUGAAAAUUAUAUAGAAAGGUUGCAGCAUGUGAUAAGAAUGAGACCAAAAUAUGAUUAAAAGCCAGAAAGCAAAGAUGAAAA